CAAGUAUGUCUGAGGUCGAAGAGACGCUGGAGCGCAUCAAGAACCACAAGGGCGUUGAAGGCUAUGUGAUUGCCGACAAGAAUGGAUCUGUUCUCCGCCGUCAUCCUCACAUGGACCCAGCGAAUGCUGAGCGAUACUCGACGUACAUGAAGGAACUCACGACGAAGGCGCGUGGAGUUGUACGCGACUUAAACCCCAAGAAUGAUCUGCAGUACCUACGCAUACGACUCAAGAAGUUUGAGAUCCUAGUUGCUCACGAACGAGAAUUCCUCGUGAUUGUCAUUCAAAAAUGGUCGCCAGCGUCAGCGUGA